UGCAAGUAGGCCAGUAAUGCCAGAAACACGAGUCUGUCGUUUCAGUCGCAGUGAAGUGCAGGGGUAGUAAACAUUUUCGAGUCUAGUAAUUCUAGCCUUACCUGGUGACAGGCGGAGGCGACAGCUGAAGUGACUGAGUCAAGUGGGCACUACAAUAAAUGUGUGAUUUACAAAACGUCAGUUUAGAUUAAAGUUGAUUGGUUGUCAUUCUUGUUUAUGAAAUUAAAUGUGUAAACAUUCAUUUUUCGGUUUGAAUUAGUGGCUAAUUUGGUUUAAUAGGGAAACUUGACUAUUAAUGCUAAGCCAGAUUAGUGGAAUCAUGGUACUCUUGAAAGUUUAGCCUAAAUAUAUUUUGUUUGGAAAAAUCGUCAGAUAAUGGCUCAUGGCACUUCUGGAAGUAGCACGUCAUCUCGCAGACAUGAAGGUGCAAUGUCUAGCCGCUAUGUUGACACAGAGUGGGAAGCGAAAGAAGCAUUGCGCCAAAGAGAACUGGAAGAAGCAAGAGCAAGAGCUGCUCAGAUGGAGAAAACCAUGAGGUGGUGGUCCGACUGUACUGCCAAUUGGAGGGAAAAAUGGAGCAAGGUUCGAAAUGAGAGAAAUAAAGCAAGAGAAGAAGCAAAGAUGUUGAGAUCUAAACUGGAUACGUCACUGAAAGACAUCAAUACUUACAAGAGAGAACGUCAGGAAUUGGAAACUCAGAAUGAACAGAUGAGGAAAGAACUGGAAAAGAUUCAUCUACUGUUGCUGAAGCAUGCUGGUCAAUGGGAUCACAAGCUUUUAGAGGCGUUGGAAAGUGUGGAUUCGGAAAAAGAUGUUCCCACUGAAGAGCAUGGAACAGAGAAUAAUGGAACAAUAGCUGGAGAAGACGACAGGACAUCAGCAGAGAAAGAUUCAGGAAUCGAGGAAUAUGUGCUUCAAGGAGCUGUGCCCAGGCAUGCCGUGGAGCUGUACGAUGGGAAAGAAUCCACUUUAGAUAGGGAUGGAGAAUGUGAUACCAGUACAAUUAGUGAUAGUGCAGAAAGUAUAUUAAAAAGAUGUAACAAAAAAGAUCCAUUUGUUACAUCCCCAGACGAAGAAGAAAUGCGGCAGAAAUUGUCAAUGCUACAACUAAGAUUGGAUGAAGCUACAAAAACACUGCAAGUGGAAAGAGAGGAGAAACUCAGUUUGCAUCGUAGCCUGGAGCGGCUGGAGAUGGAGGUGUCAGAGUGGAGGGACAAGUGUGAGGAUCUGCGAGUGUCACGGCAGGAGGCGGUGCGAGAACUGCUACAGUUGCAGGAUCAACACCAGGACACUGUGGCACUGAUACAGGCCGACCUCAUGGACGAAGCCACGAGUCGUGAGGGUAUGGACCGACGCCUCGCCGACCUUCGCGCUCAGUUGGAGAGGCUACAGGCAGAAAAUGCUGCUGAGUGGGGAAAACGGGAACGUCUAGAGACUGAGAAACUGAACUUGGAGAGAGAUAAUAAGAAGCUUCGGGGAGAACUUAGGGAUGCCCAGGAGCGGCUGGAGAGGCGGGGAAGACCCACAUCUACUGCGGACACUGAACUGAGGCAGCUGCAGCAGGAGGUCACUGACCGGGGCAAGGAAUUGACAGACCUGAAACACGCUCACAGUAAAUUGAAGAAGGUUGUGGCAGACAAAACAACAGAACUAGCACAUGCGGUGAGGAGAGCCGAACAGUAUGAAACCGAAGUAAAGAGGUUACGGAGUCGAGUGGAAGAGUUGAAGAGAGAGCUUGCUGUGGCAGAAGAUGAAAUCGACUCGGCUACUAAUAAUAUAAGGAAAUUACAACGAUCAAAUGACGUCCUUCAAGAACAAGUUCAAGUCCUCGAAGUUCAAGUCAAACACUUACAAACGAGGCAGAGGAACUCGAGUAUCACGCACCGCAGUCCUGUGCUCCGAGCGGACGACCAGAGUGACGAGGACGAGACGUACUGACAUUACGAGUUACACGUACUCUAAUUAAGGAAACAAAUUGUUACUUUCAAAAAGUGCUUUAAACGCUGAAAGCUGGAGACCCCACAUUGGGGUUGUUGGCGUACAGGUAUUUAAUUGAGCGUAGCUAUGUAAAUAUUGUGAUUCUGAGAUGUAUACAUAAUUUAUGUAGUUCAGUUAGGCUAAGAUCAAGUAAAUCUAACACCAUUCUUCACUAAUUUAUAGUUAAGAAUACAUUUUGUUGGGGUGUCUAUUUUUAUUGAAAAUGAAAAUAUAAGUAAUAAGAUAAUCAGUCGAUCAAUUCCAAGUAUAUUUUUAUAAAUUUGUUAAUUUUAAAUUCAGCUUUAAUAUUUAUUUUAUAAGUAGAUUAAAUUAUAUAGAUAUUGAAUAAUAAGUAUUAACUGUCUAUUAUAGCGCACAUUUAGAUGUGGAACAAAAUAAACAUCUUUUAGUUGUUUAAA